AUGAGUGAUUUAACAAGAAGGAUCGUGGUUUUGGGAAAAACUGGAGCUGGGAAGAGCAGCCUCACCAACACCAUCUUCGGAGAGACUUUGUUCGAGAUAGACGAUUCGGCCAAUUCAGGAACACGUGUAUGUCAAGCAGAAACCAAACGUGUAAACGGGACAAAACUCAUGUGGGUUGACACUCCUGGGUUUUUCGACACAAGCAGACCUGAGGAGGAGCUGAAGUCUGAGAUAGAGAAGUGUAUCGAAAAGUGCGCUCCUGGGCCUCAUGUUUUUCUCAUUGUGCUUAAAGUGGAGAAAUUCACAGAGCAAGAGAAGGACGUCGUCAAAAAAAUACAACAAUGUUUCUCUGAAGAAGCUUUAAAAUAUGCCAUAUUUGUCUUCACACGUGGUGACCAGCUCACUGAGGGAAUGGCGAUAGAGCAGUGGGUCGAUCUGGAUCCAGACCUGAGGAAUCUGCUGAAGAAGUGCGGGAGACGGUGCCACGUCAUUGAUAAUAUUAGAUGGGAGAAAGACCAGACGGAUGAAUACAGGAGCAACAAGUUCCAGGUGGCUGAAAUACUCAAGACAAUAGACAGGAUGGCUGAUGCAAACACAAAAAAGCUGUUACACCAUUGAGAUGCUACAUGCUACAAAUAGACCAUUGGUUAAUUGGGCUGUAGCGGUAGCUUGUCUUGCAGCUUUGGUGUCCAUUGCUGUUAUUUUUGAUAAAAAAUGAAUAUCAUGACUAACUGCAGCAUUAGGGCUGUGUGAUGUCAAGAAUCUGGCAAUAUGAUACAGAUCAUGAUACUGGCUUAAAACUCAACAUAUUGCAAUAUUGCAGGGUUAUAUAUUGUUUUUUUUUUAUCUAAUUUGAAAGAAUUCCUUAAAAUUAGAUAAGGAAUUAAAAUGAUUUCUACUCUUAUAUCAUAUAUUUUGUAACUUGCAACUUAGUUUUUUUUCCAUCAUCCAUUUAUCUGCCAAAAACAGUGAAAAAUGUCAGUCAUUAUUUCUCAGAACAGUACAAGAAAACCUUGAUAAACUAAAAUGUGUCUUUACCGAGUAUCAGAGACCGAUGAGAGUAGUAAUGAAAUGCAUUUUAUAUGACUUUAGUAUAUGUUUA